AUGCCAGCAGUCAACAAAAAGGUCGUCAACCCCGAGAAGGAGAUGCGCGGAAAGGAUGGCAAGAAGCCCUACAACCGCAACAACAACAACGGAGGCAGUGUCCUGAAGAAGAAGUCAUACCAAGCCAAGCCCGCCAAGCUGGACGCGGGCGAGGUUGUCGAGGGCACAGCGGCGAUGAAGAAGAAACUCCGAGAUACCUUCCGCCAGCUCAGCAAGAACCCCAAGAUGCCUGCCGAUACCAAGUUGGAACUCGAGAGACGUAUCGAGGCCUUGAAGCUUCAGAUUGCCGACAAGCAGGUUGAUCAGACCGAGCAGAAGAUGGUUGUCAAGUACCGUUUGGUCAAGUUUAUCGAGUCAAAGAAGGCAAACCGCAAGAUUGCGGUGUUCAUCAAACAGCACCCAAACUGGGAGUCGAACGCAGAGGAGAAGGAAACACUGGACCAGCUCAAACUUGACCUCGCCUACAUCCAACAUUUCCCCAAGACCCUCAAAUACAUUUCCAUCUACCCCAGCGAGAACAUCGACGACCCCGCUUGUGAAAAGGCAAGAGCCGAGAUCCGUGAGCAGAUCCGGACGGGACUCGAGUCGGGAGCGAUUGAGCAGUUUGUCAAGAAGACUCGUGAGGUGGUCAAGGCCAAGAUCGUCAGCAAGGACAAGUUGACGACCGAGGAGGCGAUCAAGUUGACGACGGAGAAGAUCAACAAGGGCAAGAAGAGGACCAGAGAGCAGGCAGCUACGGAUCAGGAGAACCCCUUGUCCGGUCGUGCCAAGGCUACUGCUGAGCGUGAGGCUGCCAAGCCCAAGAAGAAUGCUCAGGAGACUCAGGAGGAGGAGGAGACUUUCUUUGAGACCGUUUCUAAGGAUGCUGUUGCUGCUGUUGCCGCUGCCGAUGAGACUGAGGCUACUACCACCACCGCCGCCGCCGCUGUCGAGGAGCCCCCCAAGAAGAAGUCGAAGGCACAGAAGAGGAGGGAAACCGCCGCCGCCGCUGCCGCCGCUGCUAAUGCCGAUACCACCACUGCCCCAGCAGAGGAGGCCCCAGCAAAGAAGGAAGCCCCAGCAAAGAAGGAGGCCCCAGCAAAGAAGAACGCCACCAAGGAGACCGCAGCAGCAGCUACCGCCGACGCCGCAGUGACUGAGGAUGGAGAGCCUCAGAAGUUGGGCAAGUGGGCCCGCAAGGCUAUUCGCUCCAAGUCGACAUUCUCCGCCCUUGAGUCCACCAAGGAGGAGGGAGAGACUGCAGCACCAGCAGAGGCAGCCGAGGUUGAGGUUGAGGAGGUGAAGCCAGCCAAGAAGGAGGCACCUGCCAAGAAGGAGGCUGCACCCAAGAAGGAGGCUGCACCCAAGAAGGAGGCUGCUCCUAAGAAGGAGGCCGCACCCAAGAAGGCGGUCGCACCCAAGAAGGAGGCCGCACCCAAGAAGGAGGCUGCUCCCAAGAAGGAGGCUGCUCCUAAGAAGGAGGCUGCUCCUAAGAAGGAGGCUGCACCCAAGAAGGAGGCCGCACCCAAGAAGGAGGCUGCACCCACCAAGAAGGAGACACCCGCACCCACCAAGAAGGAAGAGCCCGAGGUGAAGAUCACGACAGUCAAGAUCGCAGCCAACGACAAGGACGACAGCGAUUCCGAGGACGAUACUCCUGUUGAGCCAGUGCGCAAGAUUGUCAAGAUUGACGAGACGUUGUUGAAGGAGCUGCCUGAGGUGCCCAAGAAGCGCGGUGGUCGUAACUUGAACAAGUUCAGGAAGUAA